UAUAUUUAUAUUGAUCUGGGUUGUUGAUAGAGCAGAAGAAAAAGAUGUCUAAGCUUAUGCAAAAUCCAGUGUUCCACGAAUUGAAGAAGCAAGCUUCUUUCUUCAUCAAAGAAAAGAUCAAGACUGCUCGUCUCGCCGUAACUGAUGUUACUGAAGAAGAGUUAUUAACAGAAGAAGUUACGGGCAGUGCGCUCUCGUUAAUAGACGCUCGCUCCAUGGCGGUCAUAACAAAAGCUUCUUUUGAAGUUGAUCAGUUCCAAAGAAUCGUAAAGAUUCUACGUCAAAGAAUGUUAAUGUUUGAUAGAAGAGAAUGGCGUGGGAUGUACAACACUUUGACAAUGUUGAACCACUUGUUAAUUAACGGACCACUAAGUGUAUUCAAGGAGUUUCAACACGAGAAAGAAAUUAUUGAAGAUGUCAUAACGAUUGAGUGGAUCGAUGAAAAAGGGUUCGAAUGUGGUCUAAAAGUUCGAAACAUAGCCGAAGAUGUACUAAAGUUGCUUGAAGAUGAGACGUUUUUCAAGGACGAGAGAGAAAGAAAACGAAAGCAAAGCUUUGGUCGGAUCACAGGAUUCGGAAGCUCGAGUUUCGUUAUACAUUCUGAAACUCUGUCUGAAACAAACAAAGGAAGAGACAGCUCGUUCUUGAGUGACCACCAAACUUGUGAAAAUGAUUGUAACGUUGAUGAUCAUCCUUUCGUGGAGAAAGAACACAAUAAUACUGCUAAACUCUUGGUUUCUUCUUCGACCUAGCUAAGAUGUAUUGUUCUUGUUUGUAUAAUAGUAAAAUCCCUAAUAGUAAGCAUAUAAACGUUUGUUGAUAAUGAUAUGCUUAUUCAUAUAUAUAAGCAUGCAGAUACAAGUUUUCAUUGA